CUUUAGCCUCUGUCGCUGUACGAGUGUAUAUUCAAUUGUUGUCAAUUUUAUGCUUUAAAAAACUUAAAACCUUGUGAAGAAAGUAAUAAAAUAUCCGGCCGUAAAAUUUUGUGAUCACUUAGGACCCAGUCUGUCACGUUUAUGGACAAUGAGGAUUAAAAUUGAUCGUUUAAUUGUGGUAGACUCAGUUUUGGGGGUCGCGCGACUGGCAAUGAAAUGUUACAGCAACAAAAAAGUUUCAUCAAAUUAUUUGUUCUACAAAUAACACCUUCCUGAUGAUGGACUCGGUGCGAGAUGGACCUCCCGAAAGCUGUGCUUCACUAAUGACCUCGUCAAAGUUACGCAUGCACGUGUACAAUAGAAAAGAAAAUAUGAAAUCAUAUCAUUGUGUAUUGUUCUCUGGACGUAAUCUUUGGGUGUGAAAGCGUGUAUCCAUGUCAUAAAAAAGAAAAAUAAAUUUGUCACCGUGUAAACAAUUUCCCUCGACUCCCGACAUAUUAAAUUUAUCAAUAUCAUAAAUUUAUAUGAAAUCAUUCAGCGUCGGAAUUUUUAAUGACGGGGAGGCGAUGAGGUAACCUGAAAUUACAGAGAACGUAAUUUGAAUUAUAAUGUGGCGAUGUAAUGUUUAAUGGCGGUUUUAUGGUGGGCGCUGAUUCAGUUUUGUGUGUUGUCUACAGGAUGACACUGACGGAGGAACCCAGCUACCAGACUCCGCUCCACGACAGUGGCCCGGAGAAAACUCACAAGUGGGACAUCAACGAUAACACACUACCCAUGGUAUGCCAGGUAGACGAUUUCCAGGAAUGGCCGGAUGGGAACAAUCGCUUUGUGUACAGCAGUAACUGUGAGGACGCCCGCAGACACAUCAGUGGAUGGGCAAUGCGAAAUACUAACAAUCACAAUGCACAUAUACUGAAAAAAUCCUGUCUAGGGGUGUUCGUAUGUUCCCAUGACUGCACACUACCCAGUGGAGAGAAAGUUCACCUACGACCCGCCAUUUGUGACAAAGCAAGGAGAAAACAGAUAGGUAAACCUUGCCCUGGUCCUAACUGUCGAGGUCGUCUCGAGUUGAUGACGUGCAAGGGACAUUGUGGUUACCCUGUGACGCACUUCUGGCGUCAUAUCAACAACGCCAUCUUCUUCCAAGCAAAGGGUGUCCACGAUCAUCCAAGACCGGAAAUCAAGUCCUCCGCAGAGGCUAGGCGGCAUCACAAACUAAAACACAAAUCUUCCAUGUCAGAAACAUCGAACAAGAAACGGAAGCGUGAUAUUCAAUGGCCACCAAAUAAAGAACGCUCAACAAAAGUUUUCCCUGGAUUUGAUAUACUUUGUUCCUGUCCACCCUUUGAAUGCACGUGCUCUCAUGUCCGAAUGCAGUAUAAAGAAACCAGAGCUGACAACGAACGAGCGAACUUUCCCGUGUGCCCUUCAUCGUACACUCCGCAAAUCUAUGAAGCAUCACCAUCACCUUGGCAGAGGUCGUCCGUUGAUUGCAAUUACAUGCAAACUGCUGUCAACCGUCCACAUUGCGAGGAGCCCACUUUUCCAGGAAUACUGAACGAGGAGAUACCUUCCUUGUCUUCUUACAGUUCCACUUUCAGCAACACUCAGCGACAUAUCGACGCAUCUUAUCCAAGAUUUGAGAUGUAUCGAGGCUGUGAAAGAGGUUUUCCAUAUACGGACAUACCCAAUCAACGUUUCGCAAACACAACCGAGCGUUAUCAUCGAACAUCGAAAAGUAGCUACGACGCUCGAGAGAUCUACAGUAGCGCGUAUUUGGAGAGACCUAAAUCUUACUCCGAUUCACAUUCUGUUAGGAUUAAAACAGAAAAUCAAGAUUCAGAUUUUGGUAACAUUUCUUCUCUUUCCAACCAAUGUGCUCUCUCGGAUCGAGCAGAAAUCGAGCCACAUCGAAUGUCUCGUGAUGAUAAUGCUCAGGAUUUUGCUCAGUUGCAAGAAAUUGAGUCGAAUCCCCUUUACAGUAUGAAUGACGUCACAGACUCGGACAUAAUUCAAACAUUUUUUUCUCGAAUGCCCUCGGAUCAGCAGGAUGAGGGGUCUUUUAUUCAGUCAUCUUUGACUCAAACAAAUACCGGUCCUAAAUACAUAGAACUCAAACCUUUAAAGAAAUCAAAGCAAGAAAUGCACUCGCUCGCCAUUUCGACGUCACCUCAGAUUUUUCAGCAUCGAAGCGUCCAUGACGUAACCAGUGAGGGGUGUUCGACAGGCUAUUUUCGACCCCAGACCGGAUGCAGUAAUGUCAUUAAUGAUCCAUAUCAUCACAACGAUUCCCAUCAGUAUGCCCAGAACAAGCAACAAUGUAAUCAUAGCAUAAAUAUUACACUGACUUAUAACUGAAUCAUCGUGUAUUUUUGAUGCUUUAAUACGUUUGAUGGUUACAAUUCUCGACUAAAUAAUUGUUGAAAUAUCCACUGUUAACUAAGUAUUUUAU